CCCCUGAGGGGUCACGGGCGGUUGUAUCGAACCCCGCCCCUCCCCCUCCCGCAGGGCUCCUCCUGGUACCAUGGCGGCCGCCUCCUGGGCCCUGCUCUGCCUCCUCGGACUGUGGCUGGUCCUGAGGAUCAGGGCACUGGAGGAGGAUGGUGAGUCUGUACCCCUCCUGCUCUGGCCCGCCCACCCCUGCUCCCCAGAAUAGGGGAAAGGGAACAGCCCCCCACUCUGGCCGACCCCCCUCCCCAAAAUAGGAGAAAGGGAACAGCCCCCCACUCUAGCCAGCUCUCCCUGCCCCAGCAUAGGGGAAGAGAACAGCCCCCCCACUCUGGCCGACCCCCCUCCCCAAAACAGGAGAAAGGGAACAGCCCCCCACUCUAGCCAGCUCUCCCUGCCCCAGCAUAGGGGAAGAGAACAGCCCCCCCACUCUGGCCGACCCCCCUCCCCAAAACAGGAGAAAGGGAACAGCCCCCCACUCUAGCCAGCUCUCCCUGCCCCAGCAUAGGGGGAGAGGAACAGCACCCCCACUCUAGCCAGCUCUCCCUGCCCCAGCAUAGGGGGAGAGGAACAGCCCCCCCACUCUGGCCGACCCCCCUCCCCAAAACAGGAGAAAGGGAACAGCCCCCCACUCUAGUCAGCUCCCCCUAUUCCCCGGCAUAGGGGGAGAGGAACAGCUCCCCCCAUUCUGGCAAACCCCAGCAUAGGGGAAGAGUACAGCCCCCUCUUCCCAGGAUAGGGGGAGGGGAGCAGUUGUAAUGGGGUGGCGGCUUCUCUGCCAGGGCGGGGCUGUGGCUGGGCCAGGGGCUCCCUCCCAGGGGGGGGCCGGCGCCCCUGUCACUGGGAGCCCCGCUUCCUCUCCAGAGAGCGCCCUCAAACCGUCCAUCUCGGUUUCCCCUGGGCCCAUCGUUUCCGAGGGGGGGUCAGUGACGUUCUGGUGCCGUGGCCCCAUCUGGGCCGACGGGUACCGCCUGGAGAAGGAGGGGCUCCACGAGCUCCGGAGCAUGCCAUGGCCGGGGAGCCAGGUGUACACGGCCAUCGAAAGUGUGAUCUCCGACUCUGCGGGCCGGUAUAGCUGCCGCUACGAAGCCCAGGGCGUCUGGUCUGACCCCAGUGAGCCCCUGGAGCUGGUGGUCACAGGCUUGUUCCCCAGCCCCUCCCUCUCGGUGCUGCCCAGCCCCUCGGUGGUCUUGGGGGACAAGGUGACCCUGCAGUGCUCCUCGAAGCUGGGGUUCGGCAUUUUCAAGCUGGUCAAGGAGGGGGGCGGCCCCCCGGCGACCAGGGCGGCACAGGGGAACCAGGCGGACUUCGUCAUCGCGGAGGCGACCCUGGACCACCAGGGCACGUACCAGUGCUUCGGCCUUGACCCGCGCUACCCCCAAGAGUGGUCGUCUCCCAGCAAUGCCGUGGCGCUCAGCGUGGCCCAAGAUGUCCCCAAGGACCACAAGCACUCCUCGGAAUUCUGGUUCGGCAAUCCGGGCCCCCAUUUCUUCCUCAACAAGCUGAGCUCCGAAGCCAGGCCGGGAGUCACCCUCUGGGAUUCCAGAGGGCGCCGCCGCCUCGUGCACAUGGUCCUGGCCGGCCUGAUCCUCCUCGUUCUGGUGGCCCCCAUGGCCUAGACUGGGCCCCCUCCCGGAGCCCCCCACCGGCAGACAAAUAAAGAGCUGAAAGACA